AUGUGGAGUUCCUGCUUCAACAACACACAGGGGAUUGAGCCAUACCUGGUAGAUAAGUCACCUCAUACCUCCUGGGUACCUCAGUCAGGUUUCUGAUUUAUAGAAGACUUUACCUCUCUCAGAACAGUUACAUAAAAUAUUGCAGGAGACAUUAUAAAAGACACAACAAACUCUGACUGGAGUAUAAAAGCAUACCUCAGAGUUAAGAUUAAAACAUGACUUGAUUUUUGGAAGAGGGCAAUCAAGAGAGAAAAAGGACAUUUCAACCAGAAGGAAGUAACUGCAUAUGAGGAAAACCACAGAGCCCGAGGACACUCCAGAUGAACAUGGGAAGGUAAUAGAGCACCUGACCCUCCUCCAAAUGAAUGGCCAUGGCAAUGAAUACGUUGAAAAGCUGCCCUACAAAAUACAAUGUUGAGUCAACAGCUCUUGAAACUAUCUGGAAUUACAUUAUUUUUCCAUGAUUCCACCAAAAAGUAAAUGGUGCAAGAGUUGGCACUUACUGUCCUAUAUACACUGCUUCCUGUCAAAGCCAACUGAACCAUUUGUAAUGGAGCCUUCACCUCUUGAGCUGCCUGCUGACACUGUGCGACGCAUCGCGGCUGAACUCAAAUGUCACCCGACGGAUGAGAGGGUUGCUCUCCACCUAGACAAGGAAGAUAAGCUGAGGCACUUCAGAGAGUAUUUUUAUAUCCCCAAAAUGCGGGAUCUGCCUCCAAUUGAUUUAUCUUUAGUGAAUAAGGAUGAAAAUGCCAUCUAUUUCUUGGGAAAUUCUCUUGGCCUUCAACCAAAAAUGGUUAAAUCAUAUAUUGAAGAAGAACUUGAUAAGUGGGCCAAAAUGGGAGGCUAUGGUCAUGACGUAGGGAAGCGUCCUUGGAUUAUAGGAGAUGAGAUUAUUGUAGGCCUUAUGAAGGACAUUGUAGGAGCCAAUGAGAAAGAAAUUGCCUUAAUGAAUGCUUUGACUGUUAAUUUACAUCUUCUACUGUUAUCAUUCUUUAAGCCUACGCCGAAACGGCAUAAAAUUCUUCUAGAAGCCAAAGCCUUCCCUUCUGAUCAUUAUGCUAUUGAAUCACAGCUACAACUUCACGGACUUAAUGUUGAGGAAAGUAUGCGGAUGAUAAAGCCAAGAGAGGGGGAAGAAACUUAAGAAUAGAGGAUAUCCUUGAAAGAUAUCCUUGAAGUAAUUGAGAAGGAAGGAGACUCAAUCGCAGUGAUCCUGUUCAGUGGGCUCCAUUUUUAUACUGGCAUGUUUAAUAUUCCUGCCAUCACCAAGGCUGGACAAGCAAAGGGUUGUUUUGUUGGCUUUGAUCUAGCUCAUGCAGUUGGAAAUGUUGAACUUCACUUACAUGACUGGGGAGUUGAUUUUGCCUGCUGGUGUUCCUACAAGUAUUUAAAUGCAGGAGCAGGAGGUAUUGCUGGUGCCUUUAUCCAUGAAAAGCACACCCAUAAAAUUAAACCCACGUUAGUGGGAUGGUUUGGCCAUGAACUCAGCACGAGAUUCAAAAUGGAUAACAAGCUGCAGUUAAUCCCAGGCGUCAGUGGAUUCCGAAUUUCAAAUCCUCCCAUUUUGUUGGUUUGUUCCUUACAAGCUAGUUUAGAGAUCUUUAACCAGGCAACUAUGAAAGCAUUGAGGAGAAAAUCUAUUUUGUUAACUGGUUAUCUGGAAUACCUGAUCAAGCAUUACUACAGCAAAGAUAAAGCAGACACCAAGAAACCAAUGGUGAACAUAAUUACGCCAUCCCGUAUAGAGGAUCGGGGUUGCCAGCUGACACUAACAUUUUCUGUUUCUAAGAAGGAUGUUUUCCAAGAACUAGAAAAAAGAGGAGUAGUUGUAAGUAUGUCUCUUGCUUUACCCCCAGAUUUUCUUUAUGGGCUGCAUGCUGAGGAUAAAAAUUGGGUCUUUUGGUUUAUUCAGUGUUCUGUGUUAUUUCCCGUCAGUCAGUUAAGGAUAAAUUAAGUGCCAAGUAAGCAGUCAGCAUUGUGCUAACUGAAGGGCAUAAAGAUCUGUCAUUUCUGAUAAAAGGGAAAGAAACGCAAAUUUUGAUGAAACGAAAAUGGUUUUAUGUAAGUUAUUCAUUCUUUCAUAACAGUUUGAGCAGGAAAUAAUUAUUUUAUAAUUGAUGAGGACAUGUUUUCACUAGUUUGCACUAGCGGAAACUUCAAUAUACAUUUAUUGGGCCAGACACAAUGGCUCAUGCCUAUAAUGCUAGCACUCUGGGAGGCCUAG